GAGAGUUGGUAACACUGCUUUUGAGGUUUGUCAAAAAAAGUAAAUAAAACUUAAAUGUGGCGAAAACUCUAUAUAAUAUAAAAAAUGACGAUAUUUCAUGAUGAAAUAGAGAUCGAAGAUUUCGAUUACGACGCCGAAGAGGAAAUGUAUUAUUACCCGUGUCCGUGCGGAGACAUGUUUCAAAUAAGCAAGGAAGAAUUAAUGGCAGGUGAAGAAGUCGCCACCUGUCCCAGUUGCUCCCUCGUCGUUAAGGUUAUAUACGAUGCGGACAAAUUCAAAGCAGAAGCUGAAGAGAAGCAAAUAGAUUCAAAAGAGAAAGAAACUGUCUGCAGUACUUAGGAAUGUAACAGUUUGACUUGAGCUGAGUUGUGACAUGUUGCUCCCACACUGGACAAAGACGGCUUUGCGUAGAGUGACCUUAACUCUAGAUGGCCUGUGAUUAUUUGCAACACAUGUGAUAUUACAAAUAAAAAAAAUAUAUCUGUUAUAAUACUUUA